AUGGAUCAUGGAGAUCGAGGGAUGGGAGUCUCUCACCUGCGCUAUGAGGAGGAGGAAGACCAUCAGUCCAUCUACAUCGGCGUCCCGGUACCGCGAGGAUACCGACGCAAACGGCGGAGACGGCGCUCCAGCAGAGAGGCCUCGGACGUGGACAGAGACAGACGCUACAACCACCACAGACACCACGAGCACGACCGCUACAGGGACAUAGACAUGGAGGAGGGACUGAUGGACUCCACGGAGCAGAGUCUCCAGGACAUCAGCCGAACCAUGUCGCCGGCGGCCGAGCGGCUUCGCUACAUCCUCAGUGAGGACGACGACAUGCCCACGCCGACGCUCUUCACCGAGAUGGACACUCUGCAGCGGGAAGGAGACGAGCUGGAGUGGAAGGAGUCCGCCAGAUGGGUGAAGUUCGAGGAGAAGGUGGAGGAGGGCGGAGAGAGGUGGAGUAAGCCCCACGUGUCCACGCUGUCCCUGCACAGCCUGUUUGAGCUGCGGACGUGUCUCCAGACGGGAACGGUGCUGCUGGAUCUGGACGGAUACUCCCUGCCGCAGAUAGUCGACGACAUCAUUGAACGGCAGAUCGAGGAAGGCAUGCUCUCCCCCGAGCUCCGGGACAAGAUCAGCUUUGUGCUGCUCAGGAAGCACCGGCACCAGACCAAGAAGCCCAUCCACCGCUCGCUGGCCGACAUGGGCAAGUCCAGCUCAGGCACUCGCAGCGCCGGUCCCCGGGGUGGGGCGGGUCCAGGUCCAGGUCCGGGUCCGGGUCCGGGGCAAGGCGUGGGCCAGAUGGCCAACUUCAACCGGUCCACAGAGGACCUGCGAAUGAAGCAGCAGCCUGCCAACUACGGCCGCCUGCGUCAUGCCCAGAGUCGGAGUAUGAACGACAUUGCAGACACCCCGAGCACAGACCAGCUAAAAAAUAAAUUCAUGAAGAAGAUCCCCAGGGAUGCAGAGGCGUCCAACGUUUUAGUGGGCGAAGUGGAUUUUCUCUCCAAACCCUUCGUGGCCUUCGUUCGUCUGGCCCAGGCUACAACGCUCGGCGGUCUGACGGAGGUCCCUGUUCCCACCAGGUUCCUCUUCAUCCUGCUCGGACCUCAAGGAAAGGCCAAGUCGUAUAACGAGAUCGGCCGAGCCAUCGCCACCCUGAUGGUGGACGAUCUCUUCAGCGACGUGGCCUACAAGGCCAGGGAUCGGGAGGACCUCAUCGCGGGAAUAGAUGAGUUUUUGGACGAGGUCAUUGUUCUCCCACCUGGAGAAUGGGAUCCCAAAAUCCGCAUUGAGCCACCAAAGAAAGUCCCCUCGGCCGACAAAAGAAAGUCAGUGUUUUCACUGAAUGAGCUGGGCCAGAUGAACGGCACGGCCGGAGGAGGAGGCGGCCUGGCGGAGGACGAGGAGAUGCCGGCGCAGCACGAGCUCGGGGAGGAACUGGCGUUCACCGGACGCUUCUGCGGCGGUCUGUUCCUGGACAUCAAGCGCAAGCUGCCGUGGUUGCCGAGCGAUUUCUACGAGGGCUUCCACAUCCAGUCCAUCUCCGCCGUGCUCUUCAUCUACCUGGGCUGCAUCACCAACGCCAUCACCUUCGGCGGCCUCCUGGGAGACGCCACGGACAACUACCAGGGCGUGAUGGAGAGUUUCCUGGGCACCGCCUUGGCCGGCUCCGUCUUCUGCCUCUUCAGCGGUCAGCCCCUCAUCAUCCUCAGCUCCACCGGACCCAUCCUCAUCUUCGAGAAGCUCCUCUUUGAAUUCAGCAAGAACAACAACAUCGACUACAUGGAGCUGCGCCUGUGGAUCGGCAUCCACUCCUGCCUGCAGUGCUUCAUUCUGGUGGCCACGGACGCCAGCUACAUCAUCAAGUACAUGACGCGCUUCACGGAGGAGGGCUUCUCCAGCCUCAUCUCCUUCAUCUUCAUCUCCGACGCCAUCAAGAAGAUGGUGGGCGCCUUCAAGUACUACCCCAUCAACACCGACUUCAAGCCCGACUACGUCACCACCUACAAGUGCGAGUGCCUGGCGCCAGACCCGAUUCCAAUGCCAGAUAACAGCUCUAGUGUCUCUGGGUUGAAUGUGACAGCUCUGGACUGGAGCCAGCUCAGCAAGAAGGAGUGUCUGAAGUACGGCGGCUCGCUGCUGGGCAAGUCCUGCAAGUUCGUCCCCGACCUGGCCCUCAUGUCCUUCAUCCUCUUCUUCGGCACCUACUCCAUGACCGUCACGCUCAAGAAGUUCAAGUUCAGCCGCUACUUCCCCACCAAGCUGAGGAAGCUCAUCAGUGACUUCUCCAUCUUCAUGUCCAUCAUGACGUUCGUCGGCCUCGACAUGCUGAUGGGACUCAAAACCCCCAAACUGAUCGUCCCCACCGAGUUCAAGCCGACACGGCCGGGCCGCGGCUGGAUCGUCAUGCCUUUCGGGAAGAACCCGUGGUGGGUGUAUCUGGCCAGCUUCGUCCCCGCGCUGCUCGUCACCAUCCUCAUCUUCAUGGACCAGCAGAUCAGCGCCGUCAUCGUCAACCGCAAAGAGAACAAACUCAAGAAAGGCUGCGGCUACCACCUGGACCUGUUCUGGGUGGGCGUCCUGAUGGCGGCCUGCUCCUUCAUGGGCCUGCCCUGGUACGUGGCCGCCACCGUCAUCUCCAUCGCCCACAUCGACUCGCUGAAGAUGGAGAGCGAGUCCAGCGCUCCGGGCGAGCAGCCGCAGUUCCUGGGCGUCAGAGAGCAGAGGGUGACGGGCAUCCUGGUGUUCGUUCUCACGGGGGUCUCCAUCUUCCUGGCUCCAGUGCUGAAGUUCAUCCCCAUGCCUGUGCUGUACGGCGUCUUCCUCUACAUGGGCGUGGCCUCCCUCAGCGGGAUCCAGUUCUGGGACCGAAUUAAACUGUACAUGAUGCCGUCCAAGCACCAGCCAGACUUCUCCUACCUCCGCCACGUCCCCCUGAGGAGGGUGCACCUCUUCACCUUCAUCCAGAUCGCCUGCCUGGCUGUGCUCUGGGUCCUCAAAUCCACCUUCCUGGCCAUCAUAUUCCCUGUCAUGAUCCUGGGCCUGAUGGUGGUCCGGAAGAUGCUGGACAUGGUCUUCUCCCAGCACGACCUGGCCUGGCUGGACGACCUGCUGCCCGAGAAGGAGAAGAAGAAGAAGGACGACGACAAGAAGAAGGGGAAGGAGAAGGAGAAGGAGAAGAAGAGGCCGAAGCCCGACGACAGUGAGGAUGAGGAUAAGUACCACGCCUACUCCAACCACUCGCCCAGCUCAGAGUCGGACUUGGACCGCAGCAUCACCCUCCACCUGAAGAUCUCCUGCCCGUCGUCUCCGGCCGUGCCCAUGGGCCGGGGCAUGGCCUGCCCCGUGCCGCAGGUCAAGAUCGAGAUGGAGUCGGACUACGACUCGGACAUGGACCACCACCGGCCGCGGGACAUGAGCAGCGAGACCACGUUAUGA